AUGAGCCAGCUCCCGUCAAAACCAUCGGAGGAUGAGAAUAGGCUAGAAGCCCAGAUACAGGAUAUUCUGAGCAGGCGAGAAACCCUUAUAUCACAACUCUCCCGUUUGCUUGACUCCGAGUCCGCCUUGACUGCCUCUGCAUUGAAACAGAACAACCUCUCCCGCCACCGGGAAGUCCUCCUUGAACACCGCCAAGAACUCAAGCGUCUAAAGGCGACUAUAUCAGAUACUCGAGACCGUGUGAACCUACUUUCGAAUGUUCGAUCAGACAUAGAUGCGUACCGGGCAUCUAACCCUGCUGGAGCAGAGGCUGACUACAUGCUUGAGGAGAGAGGGCGGCUCGACAACAGUCACAACAUGAUGGACAGUGUCCUGAGCCAAGCUUACGCCGUCAAUGAGAGCUUCGGGUUUCAGCGAGAAACUUUAGCCAGCAUCAAUCGUCGCAUUGUUGGUGCGGCCAGCCAGAUACCCGGUGUCAAUAAUCUAAUCAACAAGAUCAGUGCCAAGAGAAGACGGGACGGGAUCAUCUUAGGCACCUUUAUCGGAAUCUGUUGUUUAAUGGUGUUUUUCUUCAGGUGA